AUGUCUACAGAACGCCAAACCAUCAAUAUCCCAGCAACCAAAGACCAGCCAUUUGCUGAGCCAGAUUAUUUCAUUGACAACCGCAGUAAGAUGGCCCUACGAGAGCUGCAACAAGGCGACCUGCUGCAGCUGACAAUAGACCAUUUCGAAGGAGAGAUUUAUUUCGUAGCCCUAAACAGACAAAUAGCGCCUGAUUCCCUUGCCCAAUUCUUCGAAUCCCCGACACCGUUAAAGUUCGCCUUCUAUCGCCAUCCUGGCUCUGACGCUGUUGUCUUGAUCUGGACCCGAUUCCCAGCCACUUCGUCUACCAAGAAAAUGCAUACCCAAAACCGCGCGAGGAGGGACUUGGCUUGGUACGCCAAGAAAGAAGGGAUCGAAAAGGUUAAGACACUUCAAGUGUUAUCUCGGAAGGAGAUGAAUAUCGAACGGUUGCAGGAGGCCAUUGACUUUUCGGUGGCGUAA